GCCGGGCAGACGGCGGCGGCCAUGUUUGUGACGCGCAGCAUCGCGGAGGACCACAAGGACCUCAUCCACGAUGUGUCUUUCGACUUCCAUGGGCGCCGGAUGGCCACCUGCUCCAGCGACCAGAGCAUCAAGGUCUGGGAUAAAAGUGAAAGCAGAUAUUGGCAUUGCACUGCUAGUUGGAAGACACAUAGUGGAUCUGUGUGGCGUGUGACAUGGGCUCAUCCUGAAUUUGGACAAGUUUUGGCUUCCUGUUCUUUUGACCGAACAACAGUUGUUUGGGAAGAAAUAGUAGGAGAAUCAAAUGAUAAACUUCGAGGACAGAGUCACUGGGUCAAGAGGACAACUCUAGUGGAUAGUAGAACAUCUGUUACUGAUGUGAAAUUUGCUCCCAAACAUAUGGGUCUGAUGUUAGCGACCUGUUCAGCAGAUGGUAUAGUAAGAAUAUAUGAGGUUCCAGAUGUUAUGAAUCUCAGCCAGUGGUCCCUACAGCAUGAGAUCUCAUGUAAGCUGAGCUGUAGUUGCAUUUCUUGGAAUACUUCGAGCUCUCGUGCUCACUCUCCCAUGAUCGCCGUGAAAAACGAUGACAGCAGUCCAAAUGCCAUGGCCAAGGUUCAGAUUUUUGAAUACAAUGAAAACACCAGGAAAUAUGCAAAAGCAGAAACUCUUAUGACCGUCACAGACCCUGUUCAUGAUAUUGCCUUUUCUCCGAAUUUGGGAAGAUCUUUCCAUAUCCUGGCAAUAGCAACCAAAGAUGUAAGAAUUUUCACAUUAAAACCUGUGAGGAAAGAACUUACUUCUUCUGGUGGUCCCACAAAAUUUGAAAUCCAUAUUGUGGCUCAGUUUGAUAAUCAUAAUUCUCAGGUCUGGAGGGUGAGCUGGAACAUUACAGGAACAGUACUAGCGUCCUCAGGAGAUGACGGCUCUGUGAGGUUGUGGAAAGCUAAUUACAUGGACAAUUGGAAGUGUACUGGUAUUUUGAAAGGUAACAGGAGCCCAGUAAAUGGGAGUUCUCAACCGGGAAACUCAAAUCCUUCACUAAGCUCAAAUAUUCCAAAUCUUCAGAACUCACUAAAUGGAUCUUCUGCUGGCAGAAAGCACAGCUGAGUACAAGCUAGCUGGAGUAACUUUGCUGUUUGGCUGCUUGUUGCAUGCACACAGGAAUGGAAAUCGAACUCGUUUUCCCCUUCCCCAGUGCCGUUUGAUCUCUCCCAAGAUGCACCAGCAGCCUGAUCACUACUAAACACAGUCCGAAAGGCCUUUAAAAUUGCAAUGGAUAUAAUUUUUUGUACAAGUCAGUUUACCGACACUAUAAAUGGAAAGGCUUUUUGUUGAGACAUCAUCACCAAAACAAUUUUUUGAAAUGUUCUUUAGACUAACUUGGGCUUAA